CUGCUGUGAGGCGGCUCUGCUUCGCCAUCCAGAAACAAAGCAACUUCUCCGUGCGGACGUAAGACUCUUGCUCCAUGCUCUCCUGUCGAAGAUGGAUUUCUUCAAACUCCGUCCCGCCUGACAUGGAUGCCCCUGCCCGUCCUUCACCAUCUCCAUCAUCACCGCCGUCUCCUUCCUCGGCCGAGCCGGAGAGCGUUUGCUCCUGCAGCGAAGACGCGGACACGCAGAGCUUUUUUUUUUCCUUCUUCUCUUCUCCCCCCACCCCAACCCCCCCUAUGGAUAUGAGGAAGCCGGAGUGAACGAGGAGACAAAGCGCACACCUGGGAGAUACGGCGAUUUAGGGGAUCUCGCCCACACCGUGAAGAUGACCUCCCGGCUGGUUUCGAACGGCCGAUUCCGGCGGAGUCUCCUGCUGCUGCUUUUACACUGUGUGGGAUGUUCUCACGGGAUGCCACACGUCUUGAGAUUCGGAGGGAUAUUUGAGUCCAUCGAAAGUGGCCCAUCGGGUGCUGAGGAACUCGCCUUUAAAUUCGCUUUGAACACAAUCAACAGGAACAGAACUCUACUGCCAAACACCACUCUUACGUACGACAUCCAAAGGAUAAACAUCUACGACAGCUUCGAGGCCUCUCGGAAAGCCUGUGACCAGCUUUCACUGGGAGUGGCUGCGAUCUUUGGUCCGUCUCACAGUUCUUCGGCCAAUGCUGUCCAGUCCAUCUGCAACGCCCUGGGGGUGCCCCACAUCCAGACCAAGUGGAAGCACCAGGUUUCAGACAACAGAGACGUCUUCUACGUCAGUUUAUAUCCGGACUUCUCAUCCCUCAGCAGAGCCAUCCUGGACUUGGUGCACUUCUUCAAGUGGAAGACAGUCACAGUGGUUUAUGAUGACAGCACCGGUCUGAUUCGAUUGCAAGAACUUAUAAAGGCCCCGUCGAGGUACAACAUUCGAUUAAAGAUCCGGCAGCUCCCUGCUGACACCAAGGAUGCCAAACCGCUGUUAAAGGAGAUGAAAAGGGGGAAGGAGUUCCACAUCAUCUUUGACUGUGGACAUGAAAUGGCUGCUGGGAUCCUAAAGCAGGCUCUCGCCAUGGGAAUGAUGACGGAAUAUUAUCACUACAUCUUUACAACACUGGAUCUAUUCGCCCUCGAUGUGGAAUCUUACCGAUUCAGUGGCGUAAACAUGACUGGCUUUAGGAUUCUCAACACUGAGAACAGCCAGGUGGCGUCCAUCAUCGAGAAGUGGUCCAUGGAAAGACUGCAGGCCCCUCCUAAACCUGACUCUGGUCUACUGGACGGCUUCAUGACAACGGAUGCCGCACUAAUGUACGACGCGGUACACAUGGUGGCCGUAGCCGUGCAGCAGUCUCAGCAGAUCACUGUCAGCUCGUUACAGUGCAACCGACACAAGCCGUGGCGCUUUGGGAACCGCUUCAUGGCCCUCAUCAAAGAGGCCCACUGGGAUGGCCUGACUGGGAGGAUCACUUUCAACCAGAGCAACGGCUUGAGGACAGACUUUGACCUCGACGUCAUCAGCCUGAAGGAAGACGGGCUCGAGAAGAUCGGCACCUGGGACCCUCCGAGUGGCCUGAAUAUGACUGACAGCCAGAAAGGGAAAACUACCAAUGUCUCGGAUUCCUUAUCCAACCGAACCCUGAUCAUCUCAACUAUACUGGAGGAGCCAUACGUGAUGUUCAAGAAGUCCGAUAAGCCCCUGUAUGGAAACGACCGCUUUGAGGGUUACUGCAUAGACCUGUUGAGAGAGCUCGCCAACAUCCUGGGUUUUAUCUAUGAAAUCCGUUUGGUGGAAGAUGGGAAAUAUGGCGCCCAGGAAGAAAACUCGGGCCAGUGGAAUGGUAUGGUGAAGGAAUUAAUGGACCAUAGAGCUGAUCUGGCAGUGGCCCCCCUAGCCAUCACGUACGUGCGUGAGAAGGUUAUCGACUUCUCCAAGCCCUUCAUGACGUUGGGUAUAAGUAUACUCUACCGCAAGCCGAACGGGACCAACCCCGGGGUCUUCUCCUUCCUCAACCCCCUCUCGCCUGAUAUCUGGAUGUAUAUUCUGCUGGCUUACUUGGGUGUCAGUUGUGUGCUGUUUGUCAUAGCCAGGUUUAGUCCCUACGAGUGGUAUAACCCCCACCCUUGCAACCCUGACUCGGACGUAGUGGAAAACAAUUUCACCCUGCUAAAUAGUUUCUGGUUCGGAGUUGGAGCUCUCAUGCAGCAAGGGUCCGAGCUCAUGCCGAAAGCGCUCUCCACCCGAAUAGUAGGAGGAAUCUGGUGGUUUUUCACACUCAUCAUCAUUUCCUCCUACACCGCCAACCUGGCGGCCUUUCUCACGGUGGAGAGGAUGGAGUCGCCCAUUGACUCUGCCGAUGACCUGGCCAAGCAGACCAAGAUAGAGUACGGAGUAGUCGAGGAUGGAGCGACUAUGACUUUCUUCAAGAAAACCAAGAUCUCCACAUAUGACAAAAUGUGGGAGUUCAUGAGCAGUCGGAGGCAUUCUGUGAUGGUGAAGAAUGUAGAAGAAGGCAUUCACCGAGCGCUGACCUCCGACUACGCUUUCCUCAUGGAGUCCACCACCAUUGAGUUUGCCAUCCAGCGCAACUGCAACCUCACCCAGAUUGGAGGCCUCAUUGACUCACAAGCAUAUGGGGUUGGCACUCCGAUGGGUUCUCCUUAUAGAGAUAGGAUCACUAUUGCCAUCCUGCAGCUUCAGGAGGAAGGCAAGCUGCACAUGAUGAAGGAGAAGUGGUGGCGAGGAAAUGGCUGCCCGGAAGAGGAAAGUAAGGAGGCCAGCGCCCUGGGGGUGCAGAACAUUGGCGGAAUAUUCAUUGUCUUAGCCGCCGGACUGGUUCUCUCGGUCUUCGUGGCAGCGGGAGAGUUCCUCUACAAGUCCAAACAGAACGCUGAACUUGAAAAGGCCCAAUGGCGACAACGAGAUAAGAAACAGGUCAUUUUGCAGUGCCAUGGUGGACGAGCUGAGGGUCUCACUGAAGUGCCAGCGCCGCCUCAAACACAAGCCUCAGCCAGCCGUCAUGGUGAAAACGGAGGAGGUUAUCAACAUGCACACGUUCAACGACCGCAGACUGCCAGGGAAAGAGACCAUGGCAUGAAAUGGGAAUCACUUUCUCACCCUCACCUUUGCAAUGAGGUGUGUAGAGACACUUGGGGGAAGUGUAGGGGGAAUUGGUAAAAAAAAAACAAAAAAAAAAUUAAAAGGACAUGCCGGUUAUUUUUGGAGAGUACGUUGACAAAGAGUCAUACUUAUUACUUAAGGAUAAAGCUUGGAUUCAAACAUAUUUCCUGUGGAAAUAACUUGAACCGAAGUGACGUUUCAGCAAGUUACCUCAUCGUUCUUACUACAAUAAAGUCGACCACAGGCAGCAGAGUUGUCAAAGCUAAACAAAAUGCGGGAUGAGAGGCUGGCAAUAUUCAACUUUUAGGAGGAAUGGACCUAUCGUCUUCAGUCGAUAAUUACCCUGCUUUAAAGGGGAACAUCAUCACCAAACCUAUGUAAGCGUCAAUAUAUACCUUGACGUUGCAGAAAAAAGACCAUGUAUUUUUUUAAACGAUUUCCGAACUCUAAAUGGGUGAAUUUUCGGCAAAUUAAACGCCUUUCUGUUUACCGGUCUUUUAGCGAUGACGUCACCGAGGUAACACACCCGCCAUAUUCAUUUUCACAUUACAAACACCGGGUCUCAGCUCUGUUAUUUUGACUAUUUUUUGGAACCUUGGAGACAUCAUGCCUCGUCGGUGUGUUGUCGGAGGCUGUAAGAACACUAACAGGGAGGGAUUCAAGUUGCACCGCCGGCAAGAAAUCUGCCGCCAGACCCCCAUUGAAUGUACCAGAGUGUCUUCACAUUUGCCCGGCGAUGCUAUGACAGACAUGGCACAGAGAUGUAUGGAUAACCUGCAGAUGCAUUUGCAACCAUUAAGUCAACGAAAUCACAAAGGUGAGUUUUGUUGAUGUUGUUGACUUAUGUGCUAAUCAGACAUAUUUGGUCACGGCAUGACUGCCAGCUAAUCGAUGCUAACAUGCUACGCUAAUCGAUGCUAACAUGCUAUUUACGCUAGCUGUAUGUACAUUUGAAACUAGAUACCCACAUUUAAUGCGAAACAAACACUUACCAAUCGACGGAUUUAAGUUGCUGCAGUGUCACAAGAUGCGAAAGUCCUGAUCGUUUGGUCCGCACAUUUUACCGGCGAUGCUAAUAAGGCAGCCAUGCUAUGGGCCACUUCAUUAGGUACACCCACGCUAUGGCCGAAUAGCGUCGAUAGCUAUUCGCUCAAUAGCUUCAAUUUCGUCUUCGAUUUCGUUUUUCGCUAUCUGCCUCCAUACUCCGACCAUCUGUUUCAAUACAUGCGUAAUCUGUUGAAUCGCUGAAAUCCGAGUCUGAAUCCGAGCUAACGUCGCUAUAUCUUGCUGUGGUAACCGCCAUGUUGUUUGUAUUGGCAGCACUGUAUGACGUCACAGGGAAAUGGAGAGUGGUUUCGAAGAUAGCGAAAAUAAGGCACUUUAAAGCUUUAUUUAGGGAUAUUCCGAGACCGGUAAAAUUUUGAAAAAAAACUUCGAAAAAUACAACAAGCCACUGGGAACUGAUUUGUCUUGUUUUUAACCCUUUUGAAAUUGUGAUAAUGUUCCCCUUUAAAAAAAAAAAAACUAAACUGCUGUGACCACAGAGAAAUUCUAUUUAGGCGGACCACAAACGAACGUGGAAUUAUUUGUCGAACACGAAUAAAGGACGCAAAACAGGCUCUCAACAACAAAGACGACAGUGGGCUGAUUUCGAAAAAAUGUAUAAGGAAGUAUCGCUUAGUCACAUACUGUAACUGACCAAGAAAAGUAUGUAUUGUAUAUCAUCCAUCAGGCAAUAAGUGAUAUCAUUUCUUUGUGUUUCAGAGUACUAACACUUUCAAAAAAUGUAGUGUGUGGAUGCAGAGGAUGCAGAGUUGCUAUAUAAACAAAAGGAUGCAUGGUUUAGGGGCUAUAUAGCAAGCUGUUAAGUUCCAUGUAUUGUAUGAGCCUGUAGUCGCUUAUAAGGAUCCAUGAAGUGCACACGUUAACUUAAAAGUUUGGACAACUUUUUUUGGGGAUGUGAACGGCACAGCUUUGUUUGAAUUCACACAAUGCCACUAAUAAUAAACUGUAUUUAUUCAAAGUAUUUAUUGAUUUAUUUAUGGAAUUUCUUGUUUUUACCUCAACGGACUGGAUUUUCACUGCGUCGGUAACUCGUACGUCCAUUUCUGUGAGUAUUCAACAUUUUACUUCCAUUUGCUUAGUGGAACGUCUCCGAUUUGUUUUGUACUUCUGUGGCUUUCCCCCCCCUCCCCCUCAGUUUAUUUUACAGCAAAUCUAACAUUUAUGUGCAUAUACAGUUUCUAAGUAAAAGUGUUUUGUAUAAAAGAGAAUCAAACUUUUGUAAUGGUUUUUA